UUGCUCAGGGCCUUCAAUUUCAUAUUUCAAAGCUACAGGUGCACACUCAAAAGCAAAUACAUAGACAAAACAGCAAAAGAAGAAGAAGAAACUAAAUUCGUUAUUACUGUUGUUUAAGUUGUUUCGCUAAGCAUUUUCUCUGUUUCUGGAGUUGAUUCAUAGGUUCAAUUCUUCCACAAAUUUCGCUCCUAUGUCUUCUGAUCUCUACUCUUACGACACCAGUUUCCACACACAUUCAAACUCAGACUUUCUCUCCUCUGAUGGAGUUGGAGACCUUCCUUUUCUCUCUGACUCUUUUCCUUUCUUCCCCAAUUCUCCCUCUAACGUAGCUCAGGACAAUUCCAAUUCUCUCCCUUCUCUCGACCCUUUUUCCCCAUCUUUUUUCUCUUUCUCCCCUCCAAGUUCCCACUUGGAAAGUCUCAGCCUUUACCAUGCCAACCGCGUGCAGCCGCUGUCAAAUGGCCAAAACUUGGCCAACGAGUUUGGAACUUUCUCAGCUUUUGAUGGCUCUGAAGUGAAGACUGAGGAAGCCCAAUUGGGUGUUGACUGUGUCUACGCUCAACAACUCCUUCCUCACAGUUACAGUGGUGCUGAAAAUUUUUCCAGGUACAUGCACAGAAGCUUCAGCAGCAACUCCUUUGAAGCAAAACCAGGUUUUCUGUCACAACCUUACACUGAUACUCUUGUGGACUCUCCCAAAUUUCAAAGGCAUGACUUGAGUUCCCCUGAAGACACUCUCUUCACCGGACAAAUGAGAAGGGUUUGUAGCACCGGAGAUUUGCAGAACAUGAAGGAAAAUCGCAUGUCUCCAACGGAGGCACCGUUGUUGGAGGAAUCGAACUUCAAAGUAGGGCGUUACAGUGCGGAAGAGAGAAAAGAAAGAAUCUCGAAAUACAGAGCCAAGAGAACCCAGAGGAAUUUCAACAAGACAAUUAAGUAUGCAUGCCGAAAGACACUAGCAGAUAAUCGACCACGCAUACGUGGCAGAUUCGCCCGCAACGACGAAGCCAUCGACAAUCCCAAGGCUUCAUGUUCAACACGAGACGAAGAAGAUGUUGAUUUCUGGAUUGAAGAAUUACGAUUGCAUGAAGAACAAGACGAUGUAACAGUGGGAGCAGAGCAAUAUUUGAGAAGGUAUGGAGCAACUCAGUUUCAGUAUGGUGGCUUUUGAGAUAUAGAAGAGUGAAGAGGCAUAUUUUUAUGGAAGAGCCUUUAGGAAAGUUCAGGCUUGUUGUAAUAUUAUUAAUUGAAGAUGACUUUUUUUCUUCUUCUUUUUUUUAUAUUUAAUUAAAUAAAAUUUAUGAAUAAGUCAGUGUUCAUGGAAUCUAAGAUGUUCCAUAGGACAAAAAUGAAAUUGGGUUGUUGGACAAG